UCCUGUUUUGCCGUGUCCACCAGUGGGAAGUGACUGAAGGAGGAAGUGUUAAAGUGAAAAGAAACAGAGGGCCGGGAGCUUAAGGAGUCGAACCGUGGCGAGUGUUCUCGCUGACCGGCUACCUCUUCAGGGAGAGACCAGUGAGCAGAGAAGAUGUACUUGCUGCUGCUUCCCUUCCUCCUCUGGCUUUCAGGCAGCUCUGAUGCCAGGGAAGCUAUCACGGGUCCAGGAACAGUUAGAGGCCCAGAGCGGGGCAACCUGUCUGUGCGGUGUCGUUAUGACGGAGGAUGGGAGACAUACAACAAGUACUGGUGUCGGGGAGCUGAGUGGAGUUACUGCAAGAUCCUCAUCAGAACCACCGGGUCAGAGCACGAGGUGCGGCGGGGCCGUUUGUCCAUCAGGGAUCAUCACAGAAGUUGCACGUUCACCGUGACUGUGGAGCAGCUCAGUGAAGACGAUGCUGACACUUACUGGUGUGGGAUGGAGAAAGUUGGGGCUGACCCUGGGGUGCCAGUUGAAGUGAUUGUUGAACCAGCACCCACUACUGUGCUGACCACAUCAUCCACCACCGUCACCUCCACCAUGAAUAUGUCUACAGCGCCAGCCACCAGGAGAGAGAACCAUGGCUCCCCGACCAUGUCCAGCCAUUCCGGGGAUGGCAGCCCCACCCUGAAGCUCAGCAUCCUCCUCCCCCUCAUUUUUGCUGUGUUGCUGCUUCUCUUUGUGGGGGCCACCCUCUUGGCUUGGAUGAUGAAACAACAGAAGAAAGCCUCGGGACCACCUCCAGAACAGGUGAGAACCCUGGAGAGUGACCUGUGCUAUGCCAACUUGACUCUGCAUCAGACAGGAAGUUCUGCCAGCUCCUCCCAGAAAAAGGCCCCCAGGAGGCUCUCCUCUGCCCAGGAUGGUCAGGAGGACAUGGACUAUGUCACCAUGGCUCCCUGUCCGAGGGAGGAAAUCUCCUACAUAUCUCUGUUGCAACACGUCUCGGACCAGGAGCCAACCUACAGCAAUACCAGCCACAUUCCCAUCAGGGUUCAUCACGAGGCCACGGAAUACAGCAUCAUCAAGAAGCCUUAGCCAGGCCUCCCUCAUGGAUGGUCCUGGGAGCAUGGGCCUGUCUUGUCUUCUGGCUGCACACAUACUCAACAGCACUAACUGGCCAUCCUGCAUGGCUCCCACCUCCUGUUUGGGCCUGGGACCGUAUCGUAAGGGGUUUCUGUUGUUAGG